AUGUCUCAGCUCGAUGAUGAGGAUAUUGAAAAUUUACUGCAGCAAUCUGACCUAGAGGAUAUAGGUGAUGAUGAGGACGACACAUGGGCCCCGGAUGCUGAAAAUGACGGUUUAUCUGAUGAUUCUGAGGACGACAUGCCUCUGUCUUCACUGCCGAUUUCUCGUGAAUCUGAUGAUGGAAAAUGGAUUAAAAAGAAGUUCCGUGGUAGGCCUACCGCAGUCCAACAGCCUCCAGACCCAGGUGAGCCACCAAAAUCGCCAGCAGAGUAUUUUGAAAACUAUUUUACUGAGGAAUUAUUUGAACAGUUUUCGACUGCCACUUCACAGUACUAUAUAGCUGAAAAGGGGUGUGCAAUGAAGCCACAAUGCUCGCCAGCUGCUAGUAUUAAAGGUAUAAAAGAAUUAAAUAUACGAUACACUACGAUAGAAUGGCUGUCGUUUCGCGAAGUACACGUGCUUACAAUAAUAUUUACAAACAAGCCAAAAAAAAAUUGA